AUGAUUGCUGCUGACUUCGUACGCGCUAACCAGGCUCAGUCUUCCCGAUUUACCUCCUACGGGAAGGCCAAUUCGAGAGACGUUUCGUCGUCGUCGGCAUCGUCUCAACAGCGAAACAGCUUCUCUUCGAACUGGAGUCAACCGAACACAGGGAGCCUUUGGGCAACACACAUCCCUUCGCCAUUCGCCAACCGUGAUUCGCAAACCAGUCUCUCAGGUCACGAUGAAGCAUUCUCGAGUAGCUCCGAUGCCGCGAAUACCUUUCCAGACGCAUCUGCUGUAUGGCCACACCCAGGUGCACAUACGACCAGAUCCUGGAACAGUACCGAUAACACCGCCUCUCGGAGACCCUCGGCCAGCCCGUCACCAGUACAUAUGAGGGAAUCCUCGCAAACGUAUCACGAGCACUUGCACGACCGCACACCCUCGACUACCAAUGCCUCCUAUCUUGCUGUCAGAACCUCUUCUGGCAGUUACGCCCCUUCCCGGCCCAGUGCUGGCCCAUCUCUAGAUUCCAAUGCCGCUCCUUUCCGAUUCCCGCCCCCACGGUCCUCUCUGCGCAACGGUAUAGUUGAUGUCGAUGGCGAGGCCAGCGUGGCAUCUUCGUACCCGUCGUUCGGCUUCGAUACAGAGCCACUGCCACAGCAGGAUCUGGCAAACGGUUUUAGCAAUGCUUCCGCCACGGCUACAGGCUCUGGCUCCUCCAUAUCCACAUCUGUGGCGGCACCUGUGCCAGGCGCCGCCAAUUCCGGAAUUGCUACCUCGAUAGCUUCGCUUAGUUCUUUUGGCUCCAUGCCACCAUCCUCGCACAACGGCCAUGCUCGCCGGCCAUCUCUCCAAGCCCAGGCGUCCUUCUCCUCACCAGCACCCUCUACAAGCCAGCUACCCCAUCAACGGCAGCCACAAUCAGACGACGCGGUAUCGUUAGCCUUCGCAGACUUGAUGAUGCGACAGACAUUGAAUGCAGAGGAUCGACAGGACAUCGGUGCUGGCCUCACCGGCACAUACCCAGCAUCGACGCCCUUUGAAUACAAUCCUGUUUCUCAAACCUGGGAUGCUACUGAUCCGCUCAGGGCGGCUAAUUUUGCAGCAGCCCGCGGAACCCUGGCCGGGCUUAAUCGCGGUGUAACUCCAGUGGGCAACCAAUUCCGGCAAGCAACGGGUCAGCGAGGCUUCGGCGCUCCUGCUAAUGGCACUGACCAAUGGGGCCGGCCUGUCUCUCGCGAUCUGAGGGCACCGGGCUCAUACGAUGGUUUCAAUUGCUUCAAUAGCGCCAUGGGGCUGCUGCCUCGUCCGUCGCCCAACAGCCUCACCCAGGAGGGAUUGCAGCAACUACAGCAAUCGCAGCUGCAGAUUUUGUAUCAACAGCAGUUACAUCCGCAACAGCAGUUUACCGGAGCUCCCAGUCUGUUCCCAACCAACUUCAGCUCCAAUGUUAACGCAUUUCGAACACCUGUAGCAAACCCACAGCUUAGUCUCCAUUCACUAGGCGUUCAGUACAUCGCUCCAAACGCACAGGUACCUCGCGACAGGGAUCCCGCCCAGGCCUUCAGAAGCCCGCUUUUGGACGAGUAUCGUGCAAGCAGGACGAGCCGGAGGUUUGAGCUUAAAGACAUCUACGAUCAUAUUGUUGAGUUCAGUGGCGACCAACACGGUUCCCGCUUUAUUCAGAGCAAGCUGGAGACAGCGAAUAGCGACGAGAAGGAGCAUGUGUUCCGUGAGAUAUCGGCGAAUACGCUCGUGUUGAUGCAGGAUGUCUUUGGCAACUACGUCGUUCAAAAAUUCUUCGAGCACGGCAGUCAGCUGCAGAAAAAGUACUUGGCCGAACAGAUGAGGGGCAAGAUAGUGGACCUGUCGACGCAAACAUAUGCCUGCCGGGUGGUACAGAAAGCUCUUCAGCACAUCCUUGUCGACCAACAGGUGAUCUUGGCUAAGGAGUUGGAGAUCGAUGUGAUCCGAGUCGUCAAGGACCCCAAUGGUAACCACGUCAUCCAGAAGGUUGUCGAGCUAGUACCUCGGGAGCACAUCAACUUCAUUAUCGAUGCCUUCCGUGGCAGAGUAAGAGAGUUGUCGGCACACAACUACGGAUGUCGUGUCAUCCAGCGGAUGCUCGAGCACGGGCUAGAGGAAGAUAAGGAAAUGAUCCUGUCAGAGCUCCACGACAACGCCAUGGACUUGAUCAAUGACCAGUACGGAAACUACGUGGCACAGCACGUCAUCCAGUUUGGGAAGCCCAGAGAUCGAGAAAAGGUGAUCAGCAGAGUGCUUAAUCAGCUCGUGACCAUGUCCAACAACAAGUUCGCAUCCAAUGUCGUCGAGAAGUGCAUCGAAUUCGGCACGGCCGCAGACCGCCAGCGGAUCCGAGAAGAGCUGAGUCGGCUUGGUCCCGAUGGGCAGCCGAUCUUGCAGCAGAUGAUCAAAGAUCAGUAUGGCAAUUAUGUGAUCCAGAAACUCUUGAAGCAACUAAAAGGUGAGGAGCACCAGCUCUUUGCUGAAGUACUGUCGGUCCAACUGUCAGUGCUGCGGCGAUCGAGCACAGGGCGACAGAAUGCCGCCAUCGACCGUCUCGCUACGGCGAUGGAGGAGACGUCUAAGGGAAACAAUGCCAGCGGCCAGGCGCCGUCAGGCAAGAAGCCAAAUGGUGAUUCUGCUUCACAGGCCUCGCCUCAGCUAUCGGGCGACCAGGAGUCUACUCCGUCUCUGGCAAGCUUACCAACGACCCCCGAGAGCUCUAAUCCUCCUAGUGUGAGCGCUGGCUCGUCUGGGGGCUCGCUGGAGUCUGAAGACAAUGACUCGACAGCGACUGCAAAAGCAGUGGAUGCCAGAGAAAAUGCCGCGUGUCUAGAGACGCAGGUCGUUUGA